AUGGCGCCCAAUUGCAUUUCGCUCCUAGGAAUACUGUUGUUGACAUGGACGCAUGUCGGAAAGGUUUGUGCGGGAUCGAUAUCCACUUGGUGGUAUAAUGAUGCGCUUUCACCGCAAGUCAUCUCGUAUGAUGAAUCUAGCGGGAAGAUCUUCUACAGCCUAUGCAAUAGUAAUAGCACUCCCAUUUUCCCAGCGAACGAGACGGCCGCUUUCGACCUCGACCCGAAUUUCCCACCCAUCAAUGGCACUAGCGUGGCUGGCACGGGUUACAUGUUAAAAGGUGUCUAUAUUGCAGCCGUCCAUUACCAAGAGAAGGAAGGCGGUAUAGUCCACUCGCUAUGGACGUGCGACUCGACAGGCCACUACGUCAAGGGCGACGGCCAGGGAUCCUGGAACGUAUCCGCGGGCAUUGGUGCUCCAAUUGUCCACCCUCAAACUGGGCUUGCAGUCAUCAACCUUGGUGGCGAUGAAGAAAUAGGAGGGUUUCGGGUGUACUUCAAGGACACACAUGCACGAACAGCGGGUUUGAGGUACACUGUCUCCGGCGGAUGGGCGUACGACGGUUUUAUAUCGCAAGACCAAGGUCUAUCGCUUGCUGUCACAGCAGAUUUCAGGACUUCAAAGCGUCCAACUGUUAUGUCACCAUCAAUACAUACUGGUGAUACCCAGACCAUCGAGGCUAUGAUACGCACGUAUUCGGAUGCAUGGGAGAUCAACACCUUUCCGUGGCUAAUUAAUGCCUACCUUGUGUCGAACCAGUCGAAAGUUAUGAGACAGCAUAUCACCAACGAUACAGAUGACAAAUGGAAACUUUAUUAUAUUGAUGAGGCGCCAAGCUGGAGCCUAGAUGCGUUUGAUGGUGAUCAAACCAGCCUCGCACUGCUAAUGAACUCAGACACAGAUCAAAACGUUUACUACAUUGGUACUGAUGGCGGACUACAUGAGCUCACUGGGUAUAAUACAACAUGGAACAAGACGCUCAGAGAACCAGACGCGAAUUGGCCGCUGGCUGACGAGCCAAAUGCGCCCCUGGCUUUGGCGCACGAUAACGCGCACAACCGGACGUGGAUAUACUAUAUGAGCAACGGAACCAUGACUCAAGUGUGGCGGUCCAAUGACAACACCUGGGAGAAGGCAAUCGCACUAGCAAAGUUCAACUCAACCUCGGAAGAAGCAGAAGGUCCAUCUUCUGCUUCCAGCUCGGGAUUAUCAAACGAAGCAAAAUUCGGGAUUGGUGUUGGAGUUGGACUUGGUGUGCCUCUCUUGAUCGCUGCCAUCGCAGCUUCCAUGCAUUCCCAUGUUAAGCGGUCGAGAGCAGAACGCAAUGCAGAACGCGCUGCUGUAGAAGCAGCGCACGCAGACGCGACUAAUCCACACGGCGCUGCUAUGCCGCUGCAUUCAUCGGUAAUGGCUUCCACAACGGGCGGCAAUCCACAAUCACCUGCAAUGGCUUCCACCAUGCGAGGCUCCCCCACUCCCAACCAUAGCUCUGCAUACUGGGAACGGGGAUACUGGGCCAAUGGCCAAUGGGUGGCUGCUCAGCCUGGAGUCCAGUCGCAUGCUAGUCAAGUUUGGGCCAAGCCAGAAGGCGACUGGAGACAGAGUCACGGUUAUUACGAAAAUGCUCCAGUGGCAUUUUCGCCAGACCCGUAUGUUCAGCCCAUGUUUGAAAUGCCAAUUGAAGAGCGCACUCAUGAGAUGUCUGGCGAUGGACAAGUGACGGAAAUGGCCGCUGCGACCCCUCUAGCGCAGGAUAGGAGCGAAGAUGAAGCGCACAAGUAG